UUGCUGUUGUCGUUGUUGUUUUCAACGUCGCCGUCGUCAUCAUCGUUAUCCAUUCCAUUGUUGGCAAUAAUACUCCAACGCAGUUGCUUUUGUGGCUGGGGUACUCAACCACUGUUAUCUAUAACUACCUUUACUUGAAUGGAAGCUUGAUUAACGG